AUGAGGGGGGCCGCGCUCGCGCUCGCGCUCUUGGUUGCGCAGGCUGCUGCUCAAUGCCCUGGCCUCAACAACCAGUUCGCGACGACGAUGGGCGCCGGGUACGAGAACCAGCUCAUUGCCAACGGUCUCCGGAGUCCCCGGGGCAUGGUCUUCGACAAGGAGGAUAAUCUCUUGGUCAUUGAGCAAGGUGGGGGUGGGCUCAGGCAGAUCAAGCUCAAUGCCGACGGGUGUGUGACUUCCAGCAAGACCAUCAUCAGCGACUCCUCGCUCAAUCACGGCGUCGACAUAUCCGCGGACGGAAAGACUGUCUUCGUAUCUUCGCUGGAGAGCGUCUUCGCAUACGACUAUGACGCAGCUGCCGGCACAGCGACAGGCAAGAAGGUCAUUAUCAGCAACAUGCGCAAUGGCGGCCACAGCACGCGGACUCUGCUCCGCAGCCGGACGGACCCGGACAUCCUGCUCGUGUCGCGCGGCUCCAACGCCAACAUCGACUCGGCCACCACAGACCCUGCCUCGGGACGCAGCCUGAUUCGCAUGUACAGCAUUGCCGAGAUCACCAAAACCGCGGUCGACAUGGCCACGGGCGGCAAGCUGCUCGGGUACGGCCUCCGCAACAGCGUCGCCGUGGGGGAAAACCCUGUGACCGGCGAGGUCUACUCGGCCGAGAACAGCAUCGACAACGCCAUGCGGUUCGGCAAGGAUGUGCACAAUACUCAGCCGGCAGAGGAAAUGAACUAUCAUGGCCGGAUCAACGACACGAGCAACCCGCUCCUUGGAGCCAACUACGGGUAUCCGACAUGCGUGGCUGCGUAUGAGCCUGUGGAUCAGCUUGGGAACCCAGAACUGCAAGUCGGUUCGCACUUCGCGCCGAACACGGCAGCCGGGGAUGCAGUGGAUGCUGUGUGCGAGGGUAUGCAAGAGCCCCGUCUUGUAUUUCCCGCGCACAACGCACCCCUCGAUCUCAAGUUCGACCCGACCGGCAGGGCUGCUUACAUCGCCUUUCACGGUAGCUGGAACAGGUCGCCGCCAGAUGGAUACCGGCUCAUGAAGGUCGAGUUCGGUGAGGACGGCCAGCCGGUGCAGCCGGCCAACAGCACGAACGCAGCAGUUUCGGUCAUGGCCAACACGAACCUUGCCGUAUGUCCCGGGCAGUGCUUCCGGCCGACAGGUCUAGCAUUCGACUCGAAGGGACGGCUGUUCAUGUCGAGCGACUCGUCGGGCCAGAUCUUCUUGAUCAAAGGCACUUAG